GUGAAACCAUGUGCACGCUUUUCCUCUUAUUCCGUGAGCCAAUAACUGGCCUUCGCCAGUGCGGCUGCGUUCUGACUCGAUACCGUGUUCAGGCGUAGAAACGCACCUCUUCUUUUGUAUAUUUGACGGCAUUCAUCCUUUAAAAUGAUGAACACCCCCACUCACCCUCGUCGGACGCACCGAAAGCGUAUAUCGGCCCUUCGUUUGUCGUCGGACACGACAUCAACGCUUCCCGAGUAUAUCGCUGCCGGCAAUUGGAAAAGACCUGAACCAGAGACGCCUUCUGAUCUGCCACCGGGGUAUCCAGACAGUGCAGAAGAGGCUGACGAAGAUACUGAUUCUGAUUCAGGCCAGGACCUUUAUCUACCACCACGACCGACCGUUUCGUCGGUGACACCAUCAUCGUCACCACGCCGGAAGCGACGAAAUCCUAUUCACAGGAAGAGACAGCCUAAUCCAACAUCCACCGAUCCUUACUUGGAUUCUCUACUAGAACGUAGUGUUCACGCUUUAGAAAUGUCGAAUGCACUAUUACAGAGCUCGAUAUCUACACAGACAAGUAUGUCGACCAUAUUGUCGUCAGACUCGCCUGCAGAUUCCACCCUGGAGGUCAGUGCGAGAAGGCUUUCGUCGAGAAUACGGAAUAACCGAGACAUUCAUGAUGCUUGGGCCGACGAUCUCGAGGAGAUAAGCCACGGUGUGGAUUGUUUGUUCUACGACAGCAGUGGGCGAAAUAGUGGGCACUCGCUGAGGUCUGAAGGCAGCAUCAGCAUGAGCUUGCCGACGUCCAGCUUGCCGUCGGAGAUGCAUCGACAUCUGCAUCGAAGGCGUUCGUCCACGGAGUUUCGUACUGCUCUCAACGGACCACACUUGCGACUGGAGCCGCAGGCACGGUCGCAGCUGGUGUCUCUACCCCCUAGGGCCCUGACUCAAUACGUCGCUAGCGACGACCACACGAUUGUCUUGCCCUCAACCCUUGGCCUUCGGUCCGCGCCUUCCGCCUAUCCUUCUCCCACAUUCCCUGUCCCGGCGCCACCGCCUUCCUCACUUCGCGCUUACAACAUGCUGUCAUCUUUAAUGACCCGACCUUCGUCAACAGGAUCUUCCACUCCCUCAUCUACUCUCACGUCACCUUCUUUCCUUUCUCGACGCGGUUCGAGCGUCAGUACGGAACGUGGAGGUCAUUCUCGUUCACCUGCUUCCCGUAUUAGAAUAAACCAGUCUAAAUCAUCGCACCAAUCCAAAUCUCCAGAUUUGGAACGAAGGACACUUCCUGACUCACUUUCCAUAGACUUACGUUCUCGUUCUCGAACUCCAAAGCUUACCAUGUCGCCUCGCCGGCCUAUGACGCCUACUAUCGAAGAAUCUUCUCCCUCGGCAUCUAGUUCCUCAGACGGAUGCCCAGCCAAGCAGACGGUGAGGUGCCUUCGCAAGAUUCUAGAUGAACAACCUCCUGCCCCAAAACCUGAACCCAAAAAGGCUCCUCGAUUCAUGCCUAUCUCCCCUGCUCCCCUUGCCGAAGCUGGGACUUCCACUGCUACUGCUUCCAUCUCUCGUCUGUUCACUAAAGCUAUCCACUCUUCAUCUGCGCGUCCACCUUCACCGCCCCGACAUUCCGCUCUGAAACAAUCGUCAUCCUCGAACACCACUCCUCGCCCUUCGCCUACACCUACGCCCUCUGCACUAAGUAUACCUGAUUUGCUUGGACGCACCGCUAGUUCCAGUUCGGGACGUUCGACACCCAAGCGUAUCAGCUUUGCAGAACUGCCGGAGUCAUACGCUGGAACGCGGCCGGGCAGCAAGUUUGCAGACAAGCAGAAAAGACGGAAGAGUAAGCGGAAGGAUAAAAGGCAGGAUGAACUACAGAGCUGGUGGCUGGGAUGGUUGAUAGGCAGUGGGGUUCCUUCGGAGGAUCGUAUGGAGGAUCGGAUGAAUAGAGGGUGGGGCGGAGGACGCAUAGGCGGUGCUUAUGGGUCCGGAAUUGAUGAUUGGGCUGUUUAACGACUGUCAUGACUGUGAUGAUUUCUCUGUCUCAUUGCUAUAUUUUUACCCGUUCUUGAUCAUAUCCUCGCAUUGCUUCCUAUUCCAUCCCUCUUUCAUUCCCGGGCCCUUGCAUGUAUCGUGAUAUCGAUUCUGUCGUAAGGUUUUCACUGCGCAAACACUUGUUUAUAUAUCGUUAAUUAUCUAUUAACGCACAGUUGUAGCACUUUCAGACGUCGGCGUCGUGCGUCUUUACGCUCAUUUCGAGUGUGACGUCUCAAAAUGUAGCAUAUCCAUGUUCAAUGAAAAAUUCAUCUGGGUGACAAGACUAUGACAUCAAGACUGCAUUUAAUCUUGUGA